AUGAGUGGUAGAAUCUUCGAUUUAAUUGAUUUAGAAUGGUUAAAUCAAGCUAAUCAACAAAUUCAAAGCGGUAUUAACGUCGAAACCGUUCUCCAAAAUGUCCCUUUAACAGAUGGAAGAAUUCUUCAGACAAAGUUUUUGAACUUUGUAUAA